AUGAAUAAUCAAACAGAUAAAAUAGUAAAUCUUUCACAUUUAAUAUUAAAUAAAAUAAUAAGUUAUUUAGAUGAUAAUAUCGAUAUCAUUUGUUUCAGUUUAGUUUGUAAGAGAUGGUACAAAGAUAGAGAUAAAUAUUUAUUAUUCAACACUGAUAGUAUCGACCUUUUCUCGCUUAAUACCACUGAUAUCAAUCAAAAUCAUAAGCAUUUCAACUUACCAUCAUAUCAAAAUACCUUUAUGAAAUCUGUUCAAUCAAAGACCGAUUGUUUGCUUGUUAUUGGUUAUAAAACUUAUCAUAAUUACGAUUAUCAUUUUGAUGAUGCUAGAAACCUCAAGAGUAUUCCCAGCAAUGUUUCAGUUGUUUCACUUGAUACUGAUAUUGUUAUACAACAAAAUCAGGAGUAUCUAUAUAGAUUAUUAUCAGAAUCACAAUCAGUAACAAUGUUAAAAGGUUGUAGAACACUGAAGUAUGGAUUACCAAAGUCAAUCAAAUCUAUUGAAUUCCACAAUUUCAAUGAACCACUUGUGCAAGGAUCACUUCCCAAUUCAUUGGAGGUAUUGGAUUUUGGAAGAGGUUUCAAACAAGAGAUUCUACCAGGUGUACUUCCAAAUGCUUUGCGUACACUUACUCUAAAUAACUAUGAUUAUGAAAUUCAACCAGGUGUACUUCCCGUUGGUUUGCUUGAAUUUUCUCUCAAUUUCUAUAAUUUCUUAUUGAAACCAGGUGUACUUCCUGUUGGUUUACUCAAAUGUUAUCUCUAUAGCUAUAAUUUCGAAAUUAUACCAGGUGUUCUACCACAAGGUUUACUCAAUUUUUCACUUGAAAGUAGCAAUGGAUAUCAAUAUCAAAUGCAACCAGGUGUAUUCCCAUCGUCUAUUGAAUUUUUAUCUUUUGAAAAUUAUAGUCAACCUAAUCAAGAAGAUUUACAAUAUUCAGCGGAAUCUUGCUUGCCUAUUUCAUGGUUACAAGAAAUAUCAACACUCCCCAACCUUCAAUCACUUUUUAUUUAUUUUCCUUAUCAAGAAGGAGAUGGUAACACUAUAUUCAAUGUUAACUACCUCCCACCAACUAUAAAAUCAUUCGAUUUUAUAGUUCCAAGAACUAUAUUGAGAGGAACAAUGCCAACAUCAUUGAAAAAAUUCUAUUUUGAAGAUUAUACAUUCAAAGAUGAAAUAUUCCCAGAAACAUCGCAAUAUCACUUGGAAUUAUUGGAAUAUGAAAAUAAGAUUAUACAUGCAAUUCCAUCAAACAUCAAGAUCAAUGAAAUUAUAGUACGUGGAAAUUCAAAAGAACAAAAGAUAACGAUACCGUCUGGUGUUGGAAAAAUCAAAUUUUAUAUUGACUGGUCAAAUUCAAAUGGGAAGAUAAUGGACUUUGAUGACAAUGGUGCUACCAACGAUCAAUCUUGUUCAUUAAGAGAACUUUGUGUUUUUAGUUUCAAAGAUAGACCUAAAGUAAAUCUACCAAACACCAUCGAGUUGCUAGAUCUUGGUUGGAGUGAUCUCAAUGAAACAUUAGAUUUGGUACCAUCUUCAGUCAGAACUCUUGUCUAUAAGUACCAAUCUCAUAUCAAUAUCACCAUUCCAAAUACAGUUAAAACAAUAACUAAUAUCAUUGGAAAUUUCGGAUUUAAUCACAAACAAACUAUUAGAAAAUUGGAUGAUAAUUAUUAUUUAUUAUAUGGUUACUAUGAAAACAAAGGAAAUUCUGGAAACUUAAUUACUAGAAUAUUUCAUCACUCUAAACUUGUUGAAAUUUUAAGUACAAAAAUACAAUAA